AGAUGAAAAGCCAGCCAGGCUGUAAGAGCAGUGACCGAUUGACAUCGACUGGCUUCCAUCUGGAGCUUAAUCUGUCUCCAUACGUCUGUGACAGUGUCACUUGCAGUGUCGACCAAUAUCCAGAUAUUACCACACUCUGCCUAUCUGCUUGAACCAGAGAUUCCUGCGCUGGGAGCUUCGGGGAAGUCUUCACAGAAGAGGCACAUGUUGAUUCUGGAUCUUGAAGUGUGUGGACCGUGUUCUCCAGAUGAGUGGGGAAUGAUGCUUUGAGGCCUCCAGUGACCUUUGUCUAGAGUGGUUGUGUGGACGCUCAUUUUUUUAAACGUCUGUCUCCUUUGCCUGGCAAGGUUUCAACCGUGAGGAAAUGUCAUUCAGAUUUGGCCAACACCUCAUCAAGCCCUCUGUGGUUUUUCUCAAAACAGAACUGUCCUUUGCUCUUGUGAACAGGAAACCUGUGGUACCAGGACAUGUCCUCGUGUGUCCCCUUCGGCCAGUGGAGCGCUUCCGAGACCUGCGUCCAGAUGAAGUGGCAGAUUUGUUCCAGGCAACCCAGAGAGUCGGGAUGGUGGUGGAGAAGCAUUUCCAGGGGACUUCUCUCACAUUUUCCAUCCAGGAUGGCCCUGAAGCCGGGCAGACUGUGAAGCAUGUUCACGUCCACGUUCUUCCAAGGAAGGCUGGAGACUUUCACAGGAAUGACAGCGUCUAUGAUGAGCUCCAGAAACAUGACAAAGAGGAAGAGGACUCCCCAACCUUGUGGAGAUCUGAAGAGGAAAUGGCAUCAGAAGCUGCAGCACUAAGGGUCUACUUUCAGUGACUCUGCAGGCACAAAAGUAACUUGAACAAAUCCCAAGGCAUACAGAAAUGGGCCUCGUUCUCUAGGACUCUGCGGCAUUGGAAAUGAAGCUAAGCAGACUUUAUUACAUCCUACAAUUCUGCAACCUUUUGCGAAGCAUUUUAUUCCACUUGUGGAAGCCAUCGGGGUUAUGUUUCAAUCACCAUGACUGACAGGCUAACUUCAAAACAACAGCAUCGGCAGCCCUUCCAUACUUCCUGGGCUAUGCACUUAGAAUAGAACCUUUUCUAAAUUGUCCCUUGG